UUAUGACGUAAGCCAACCUUUGGCCCAUAGUCUUCUCAGAAUCUGUGUGUGAGUGAGUGCAACCGUGCGGAGGAGCAUCCAGGCCAGAGUCAAACAUGAAUAGAGUUUUCACAAAAACGAGCGUCACACGCCUGGCUGGUGUCCUGCAAAGGUUCCAGAGCACUUUGGUGGUUGCGGAACACAACAAUGAGAAGUUGACGCCGAUUACACUGAAUGCCAUCAGUGCUGCCAAUAAACUUGGUGGUGAGGUGGCUUGUUUGGUAGCUGGAACAAACUGUGCAAAGGUGGUUGAGGAAAUUAGCAAAGUCCAGGGUGUGAAGAAAGUUUUGGUGGUUCAGAAUGACUCUUGCAAAGGAGCUUUACCAGAGGAACUGACACCACUCGUCUUAGCCACACAAAAGCAGUUCAACUUUACGCACAUCUGUGCAGGUGCAUCUGCCUUCGGAAAGAACCUGCUGCCCAGAGUGGCUGCCAAGUUGGAUGUGGCUCCAGUUUCGGAUAUCAUUGAAAUCAAGUCACCAGAUACAUUUGUCAGAGCCAUCUAUGCCGGAAAUGCUCUCAGCACAGUGAAGUGUAAUGAGCCCGUGAAGGUGUUCACAGUAAGAGGGACGUCCUUUGAGGCGGCAUCCACAGAGGGAGGGAAUGCCGCCACCGAAAAUGUGGCUGCUGAUUCUGCUGUGGGAGUGUCUGAGUGGCUGGAACAGAAUCUCACCAAGAGUGACCGUCCAGAGUUGACCAGUGCGAAGGUGGUCGUGUCAGGAGGAAGAGGUUUGAAGAGUGGAGAAAACUUCAAAAUGCUUUAUGAUCUUGCCGACAAAAUGAACGCAGCAGUUGGCGCUUCUAGAGCUGCAGUGGAUGCCGGCUAUGUGCCGAAUGAUAUGCAAGUCGGACAAACAGGAAAGAUUGUAGCACCGGAACUGUACAUCGCGGUGGGCAUCUCUGGAGCUAUUCAACACUUGGCUGGAAUGAAAGACAGCAAGACAAUUGUGGCCAUCAACAAGGACCCAGAGGCUCCCAUUUUCCAGGUGUCAGACUACGGCUUGGUUGCCGAUCUCUUCAAGGCUGUCCCUGAGAUGACCGAAGCUCUGAGCAAGUAAGGAGAAAGCGAGUGCCUGAAAGCUUUUCACGUACCAGGUGCAGCCUUCACCAAUAGCCAAUACCGGACGCAAGAAGCCGUCCAUGCUGUCUUUAGAUCAAUAACACAUUUUUUGUGUAUACACAAGUUGUAAACUUAAACAAUUGAAGCAGUGCUUUGAAGAGAUUUUGUGCCUCUGUUAGUGACAAGGACUUGGUAUAGUGUUGCUAUUGUCUGGCAAGUCUUCCUCCUAAGUGUAAAGCUAUGUAAUUUGGGCAUUUCUGUAUUAAAGGCGACUCACUCGUGUA